AUGAACAAUCAAAAUAAUGAGCAAGAAAUCAAUAGAAAGAGGAAGAAUAAUAUCUCGAAUAAUUUUCAUACUCAUCAUGAAAACCUACGAGUUGAAGAAGAAGACGACGACAUUAAUGAUUUGUUGACACUUAGAUUGUCCUAUCGUCCUACUACUAGACCUCGAAAACAAUCUCCUGAAAAAAUCGAAUCAGAUCUGCCAGUGGGGCCGCCAUCAUUGCCUCCUCCUCCUCUACCUAUAUCACCAUCGAGCACUUUGUAUCUCCCACCAGUCACAGUUUUAGCAUCAACAGUGCCAAUAGAAGCCGUUCCAAUUCAACCAAUGCGCAAAAGACGUAACCCUUCAAAGGCUACAAAUAAAGAGGGGAAGAACGAAAUUCCUCCCCCCUUUCCAUGGGCUACAAACCGUCGAGCCACGGUCCACACGUUAGAUUACUUGUUGUCCAAGCAACUUUUCAAAAUAAGCGGAGAGGUGCAAUGCAAGAGGUGUGAGAGGAAAUACCAAAUGGACUUCGAUUUGAAAGAAAAGUUUCUAGAAAUUGGAACUUACAUAGCGGAAAAUAAAUCCACUAUGCAUGACCGUGCCCCGGAUAUUUGGAUGAACCCUUUGCUUCCAACUUGUCAAUUUUGUAAUCAAGAAAAUAGUGUGAAACCGAUUGUUUCGAACGAGAAGAAUAACAUAAAUUGGUUGUUUUUGUUACUUGGUCGGAUGCUUGGAUGUUGUACUCUUGAUGAUCUUAAGUUUUUCUGUGAACAUACUAAGAAUCAUCGUACGGGUGCAAAGGAUCGUGUUCUUUAUUUGACAUACUUGACGUUGUGCAAACAACUUGAUCCUACUGGUCCUUUUGAUCGUUGAGAAAUAGUAUCAUGUUCUAGGUUUAGGUUAUUUUGGAUUAUGAAUUUUGUUAUUGUUUAUUGAAUGAACUUUUUGUAUUUGGCUUAUGAAUUUGGUAAUGACUUUUCGUUAAGAUUGA